AUGCGCACUUCUUUUCUUAGAUACAUUAUUGAUGCCGAAGGAUACUAUCUUUACUUGACAAGUGGCGCAAGCUCGAGUACAGAAACUCGGUUCGAGCUUCGUUCGAACUGGCGCAAGAUCGGUGCAAGCUCGAAAAGCUCGAGCACUACUACUGGUGUUCAAUAUAAGAAGAAAUAUGUCUCACUUAAUGCCCUGGUUGUAUCUUACAUUCUCAGUCAAAGAUAUCUUGUAUCAAGAGAUAUGGUGCCUAAAUGCAGUAUCAUGCAAAAAAUUAGUUUGUUGAGAGUACUUGAUGAAGGAAGAGUCCGUCAAGAAAUCAGAAUGGAUUUGAGUUCAUUCGAUGCCUUAUACCUCAAAAUUAUGUCGCACUCAGUUUACAAUCCUCAAAACGGAACACCUCAGAUACCAUUGAAGGUGCAAAUGAUAGUCGCUUUGGAACGUUUGGGUUACUACGGAAAUGGAGCAUCCAUAGGCAAGUUUGCCCGAGCAGGAAGAAUUUCAGAACGUGCAGUUGUAUGUUUCACAAAAAGGUUCAUUAUUGCCGUAAUUUCAAACUUAGCAAAGGAGUAUUUGCGCUGGCCAACAGCUGAAGAAAGAAAAAUUAUAAACAAGGAAAUCGAAGAGGAAUAUGGAUUCCCUGAAUGUGUUGGCUUUGUGGAUGGUUCUUUGUUCCCUUUGUCUAAUAGACCAACAUGGAGUACACCGCAAAAUUUCAGGAACGAUUUAUUAAAAAUUGACCGCAAUCGCUAUGAUUGCGGUCAAAAAUUGGCCAUAUCGCAUUUUUGGCGAUAA